AACGGAUAUACUGUAGGGGAAAAGGUCCGAAAACUGGCAGAUACCUUGUGAAGGGAAGGAUAGAUUAUCUUUUGGAUGCCGUCGCCCCCUACUUAUGCUAUGGACGUGGACUCUUCCUGCCUGCAGCCCACGGCGCCCUUUGAGAGAGCGCAGGCUUGUAGCUGCGCAAACUUGUUAGAAAUUGAUGGGAGCGAUAAAGGAGCUAGCGUGUUGUUAGACUUUUCUUCGUCUCUCGGCACCCCUCCCGCGGGGCACAGGGUUGGACGGGUCCAGGUCAGGAGCAAGGGGGCGGAAGCGGCGGCGGCUGUCAGAGCUGAAGAGGGGCCGGGUGGAGUGGCCAUGGAGAGUCAACGCUGGCUGCCGUUGGAGGCCAAUCCCGAGUUUCUCAAACAAUUAGGUCUACAUCCUAACUGGCAGUUUGUUGAUGUAUAUGGAAUGGAUCCUGAACUCCUUAGCAUGGUACCAAGACCAGUGUGUGCAGUGUUGCUUCUCUUCCCUAUUACAGAAAAGUAUGAAAUAUUCAGAACAGAAGAAGAGGAAAAAAUAAAAUCUCAGGGACAAGAUGUUACAUCAUCAGUAUAUUUCAUGAAGCAAACCAUCAGCAAUGCCUGUGGAACAAUUGGACUAAUCCAUGCUAUUGCCAACAAUAAAGACAAGAUGCACUUUGAAUCUGGAUCAACCUUGAAAAAAUUCCUGGAGGAGUCUGCAUCAAUGAGCCCUGAAGAACGAGCCAGAUACCUGGAGAACUAUGACGCCAUUCGAGUUACUCAUGAGACCAGUGCCCAUGAAGGUCAGACUGAGAUAGAUGUUAUCCCAUUUUACAGACUGGAAGACAAAGAAGUUACUAACUUGUCCAAAGUCACACAGCUAGCACCAAAUAUAGAUGAAAAAGUAGAUCUUCAUUUUAUUGCAUUAGUUCAUGUAGAUGGGCAUCUCUAUGAAUUAGAUGGACGGAAACCAUUUCCAAUUAACCAUGGGGAAACUAGUGAUGAAACCUUAUUAGAGGAUGCCAUAGAAGUUUGCAAGAAGUUUAUGGAACGUGACCCUGAUGAACUGAGAUUCAAUGCCAUUGCUCUUUCUGCAGCUUAGCUUGUCCAGAAUGGAAACACCAAAUACUGUAUUAUUUGCAGCAAAAUUAAAUUUCUUCUGCCAUACACUAACUCAAAAAUUUUGAUAUUUUCAUUAACUUGACUGAUUAAACUUUAUGUGAACUAA